AAGCUCUCUCAAUCUCUCUCUCUCUCACAACACUCCCCACGUCCCCCCCUCCCAUCUCUCCUCCUAAACCAUCCCUCUGCACCAGCACUUCAGCACUAAGCCAGCUGGAGACUCGCUUUUUUUUUGCACACCAGUUCCAUUCACCCCACGAGAAACUGGUCUGGUCUUGCUGUGGACGGAAAUGACUUUCAGCUUUUGUGGAAAGUGUUUUAUUUGUUGGGCACCAAGUGGCAGCGGCUCUUCGCUCUUAAUCCACUGAGCAGACAGGAUCAAAAGGAGAAGGUAACAUUCUGGUCUCAGCCCAAAGAAGAGCUCUGGGUUUGUGCGCUUGUGUAAUCAAGGCUCGGGAUCACGUACCUGAAGACUUGUCCCUGAAGGACUCUUUAAAAAAAAAGAAAAAAAAAAAACACUCAAAAAGUGAUGAAGACUUGAUGUUUGAUUCUGUUUAUCGGAUCCAUCGACUAAGAGGAAGAAUCUUUGGAGUUGGUGAGAUUUGUUGGAACUUUUUCUUGGAAUUUUUUUUUUGUCAUGUUUGGAUUUUGGAAUAUUGCUUGUCAGAGAUUGUGUGAAGGGACACACGUACGCAAGUGUGCUGCCAUCAGCUUUUCCUCAUUUUAGUGAAUCACUGCGGAGGAAUUCUUGCGGAAUAAACAACUUUCCCAAGCCACACUGCCAUCGUUCUGUAUUAUAUUUCAUGGGACAUGAGCAGACUGGCUGAAGUUGUAUGCAUAAUUUAGUUUUAGAUAUCUUCUAAUAAUACAGAUUUAAAGUUCUGCAUUAGUUGGCAUUUGGUGGAUUCACAACAUAGUUGUUGCUAUCUCACUGUAUUAUCAUCUUCACAUUCUAAAAUCCUAACAUCACAGAUCUCAGAUCUCUGGUAUUCCAGACUAUUUGGACUAGAGGGGGGGUGGCACUAAAAGCAAACCAUCUGUGCAAAAAAAAAAAAAAAAAAAAAAACUUUUUUUUUUGUUUUUAUAUUUUUACCCAGAGGAAGACACUAUUGAUUUAAAUGCCUGCGUGACUUAUUGCACAAUAACUUCUUAGCAGAAAGAUGGGGAUUUGGGGAGCUUUCUUACACACCCUAAGCCCCUGGACGUCGGAUGGUCCUCUGAAGCUAAAAGAAUGCAGCACUUUCGGGGGCUAACCCUUGAACGUCCCGCUCCGUAAACUGACUUCUGGACAAGACUGAGAAAAAGAAAACAAGAAAGCAGGAGAGAAACGACUGACUGCGCUCUGUUGUGUCUGUCCCCCUCCUCAAACGAAAGGGCUGGAAUAUCGAUUAAUGCCAUUUUUACCCAAAGGUCAACUGAAAACAUAGACACGCUGACAAGUCUGGAUAAGCCGGGCAAACGAGUGCCAAUGCUCUUACUCAUUUUAAGAUGAAGUUAUGGAAGUGUGCCGCCAUCGCCUUGACGCUCUGUGGUGCUGCACUGUCCAUGUUCCUCUCUAGAAUCCUGCUUCCCCCAAAAGAUCCUGCUCCUCUUCGCUUUGAGCUUUCAUCUAUUUCUUCACCGCCAUCACCGCUAUCGUCAUCACCAUCACCCACAUCUCCCAUGUCCUCAAACAGCUCCUCUUCAGGGAUUGGUGGAAAGCUUCGGAGGGUCAGAUCAGCGAAUGGUGCCAACUCGGUCAUCUCGGAAUUUGUGCACAUGUUCCAGAGCUUCACCGAGGGCGAGCUGAAGCAGAUCGUCUCCACGCUGAUGGAGCGCAAAUCACGGCGGGACACCAAGCAGGGCAAGAGGACUAAACGCGCCAAGAAUGGCAACAAGGCGUGCUCCCUGCAGGAGGAGGAGGUGACGAUUAGUCAGCUAGGCCUGGCCUACAUCAGCGACGAGACUAUCCCUUUCCGCUACUGCAGCGGCAGGUGCGUGGCCAGCCGCCGUAACUAUGACCUGACGCUGGCGUCCUUGAAGCGUAAGCACGUGCUGAACCGGGAGAACCUCAAGAAAGCCAGGCACAGCCCCUGCUGCCGGCCUAUUGCUUACGAAAAGGAGAUCUCCUUUCUAGACAACGAGAGCAAAUACCACACCAUCUACGAUGUUUCAGCAAGUGAGUGCGCUUGCGUAUGAUCCUGAUGGUGGAAGCUCUGUAAUGGGGGAUGUGAGGGGAUGUGAAACUACAUCUUUUUUUUUUUUGAGAUUGAAGACCUGUAGACCUGUACGAUAAAAAUAGGUAGAAGAAGAAGAAAAAGAAAUAACUUGCAUGGAAUAAGGAAUAAGCAGGGCUACGGUCACCACAGAGAAGGAAAGUGUCUGUAAAAUAAUGCUUCAUUGCCUUUCCUGGACACUGUUCUAAAUGGAAUUACUCAGUCAUUACACUGCAAUCAGAAAUCCAAACCCUCAAAUCCACUGCUCGGUUAAUCAGCACUCACCACAACGAGGAUAACAUCAAAACAAAAAUGGAAAGCGUACGGAAAAAUAAGAGACUCCAGCACAGAGCAGAGGACAGUAGAGCUCGUCACGAGCUGCUGUUGAUCCUGCGAUCCUUUUCGAGGUCCAGAUCGACUAAAUUGAAAUAUUUAGCGAAUCCUAAAUAUUUUUGGGUUGUAUGGUUAUAAACACCUGCAGUAAAUCCCUAAAUCACUCAUGUAUGAGGGCUAUGAUCAGCUUAAAGAGUUCUUCUCUCAGAUUAUGGAGAUGCACUCGCCGCAAAUUGUCUGUUUGUGUUAAGAGCGGCUAUAAGUAGAGGUUUGACACAGCAGCACAUUCCAGUAACCACAUGCUAACCUUGACAACACCAAGAAUACAAAAACAGCAGCACCCGGAGACACAUCAGCACCAUUCGUGAAGAUGGAUGAUCCUGAGGAACCGUACCCACAAGUAGAUAUAAACAGUACGUAUGGAGGAACUUACUGUAGAUAUGGAAAAAGAAUACCAGAGGUUCUUAGAAUCACCUUUAACUGAAAAAUCUUCCAAUGAGGCAACAUUUGAAGAACACUAUGAGAUUUUCUGACAUUGAGGGGGUUCCCAAUGCCCAAUGUGAUCUACAAUUAUAUUUACAUUCUUACACUAUAUUGCCAAAAGUAUUUGCUCAGUACUCACCCAUUCAAAUAAUUGAACUCAGGUCUUCCAAUCACUUCCAUUGUAACAGGAGUUUAAAACCAAGCACCUCAUUAGCGACAACAUUAGUGAAAGAAUUGGUCAUUCUCAGGAGCUCAGUGAAGUCCAGCGUGGCACUGUGAUAGGACUCCACCUGUGCAACAAGUUCAAUGGUGAAAUUCAUUCAAUUCAAUCAAAGUCAAUUGCUAUAGACCUCAAAACCUCACAUGGCCUUCAGAUUAGCUCAAGAACAGUAGAGCGUAGAGAUGAGCUGAUACUUUUGGCAAUAAGUGUAUCUAAAACUCCAGACAUCCAUGCUCAAUAUACAUUUAAAUCGUUUUACACAAGCAGGUGACUGUAGCUAGAAGUUAGGUGUCUUGUCCAAUAACUUUAACUGGUGUUGGGCUCACCCAGUCAGGAAAUUGAACUCUAGUCUAUAACGGGAAAGGUGGGGCUGUUAUCCACUAUGCUACACCAAAUGCCUAUGCUUCACAUGUAUGUUUGCAUCACUGACAGAAAGACACGGCAAGCACCAGAGAUCUGAAUCAGUCAGGAAAGAAUAAGAGUUAUUAUUCACAAUUCUACACCAAUGAUUCACAUGUGCACAAGUAAAAUGUAGGUGGGAAGCUUUGAAAGCCUACUUGAUGUUAUCAGAAAGAGUUGAUAUGGCACAACAAAUCAUCAAUCGUUUUUUUUUUUUUGUGAAACAGAUUCACCAUUUAGAGCACUUAAAAAAUGUUAACACUAAUGCUGUUUUCCAUUUGGAUUUGGAUGUUAGUUAUACUAUAUUUUAACACUCCAACAAGUCGAAAUCCUUUUUGUUAAUUCAGAAAAUCAGCUAUAUUUUAAAGGGGUGAGUUUCCCACAAGGUUCUUAGCAUUUAAUUAAAAUUAAUCUUAGAUGGUCAAGCAAGUUUCACACUGAGCACUCUUUCUCCUUGUUAAGAUGUUCUUGAUGCUAAGAAGCUCUGGGGAAACUGGGCCCAGUUUAUUAGCACUUUUAUCCAUAUGGGUGUCAUUAAGUCAUAUACACACAGUACUGUACAAUUUCUAUCGGUGGACACGCUUCCAUUCCGUUUCGUUUUGAUGCACAAGUUGCCAACAAGUUAGGGUAAUGUUGUAAAUUCAGGCGUGACACAGGGCUGCACAAUAUAACUGAAUUUAUUUAUAACUGAAUUUAUCUGAUGCAAUUUUUAAUUUCAAUAUUCAGUAAUGGUCUGGGCUCUUAUGGGUUGAUAUCGCAAUUUAAAGCUCUGGAAAAAAAUUAGGAGACCACUUCAGUUUCUGAAUCAGUUUCUCUUUGCUAUUUAUAGGUAUAUGCAACAUUUCUCCCAAAUUCCAAAUAACAUUUUGUCAAUUAGAACAUUUAUUUUUCAGACAAUGAGAAAUGGCCGAAAUAACAAAGAAGAUGCAGAGCUUUCAGACCUCAAAUAAUGUUCAGAAACCAAUAUUUGGUGGUAUAACCCUGUUUUUUAAUCACAGUUUUCAUGCAUCUUGGCAUGUUCUCCUCCACCAGUCUUACACACUGCUUUUGGAUAACUUUUUUCCACUCUUGGUGCAAAAAUUCAAGCAGUUCAGCUUGGUUUGAUGGCUUGUGAUUAUCCAUCUUCCUCUUCAUUAUAUUCCAGAGGUUUUAAAUUUGGAAAAUCUAAGAAAUUCAUCAUUUUAAGUGUUCUCUUAUUUUAUAUAUUUUUCCAGAGCUGCAUAUCACAGAAAAGAAAACUACUGCAACAAUUGUCUUUUUUCCCCUUAUAUUGUGCAGCCCUAGUGUGACAUCAUUCCCAACAACGACAUCCGCUUUCUAAGACACGUGGAACACAGCGUAAUGCAGUUUUUACACAAUGCAAACAAUGUAACAGCAUGUAACAUGUAACAGUAGCCCUUGGCAGGACGGCUAAACAGGUAGGGAACAUAAUUUAAACACCUGUAAGAAACAUUCACUUACAAUCUGUUACCAGUUAAUAAUGUUCUUUGUUCUAAAACCAAUGUACAGCUUUUUUUCAUUGGAAAGGAAUGAAACUAACAAUUUUUGUUUGUUUUACUUUAUUAUUUUGGGAUAUUAUCCUGAGGUACAAACAUAAAUGUUGAAAUAUUGGUUCUGCUCCAAACAAACUGAUUGAAUGUGUGUUCUGCAAAGCACAGCUACAAAUAUGGCCUCAAGUCUUUCUGAAGCCUGGCCUAGUAAUAGGAUUAGCAUUUUUUUAGCUGAAAAAAUACCAACCGCUGCAGUGUAACCACUCUAUGAUAACAGAGUAUCAGAUGAUAGACUGAUGGGAUCCCAGUUCAAAACCAGCACAUCGGUUAUGUACAUUAAAAAUAUAUACAACAAAAAUGAAAAUAAAUAAAUAAAUAAAUAAUGGUGCUAGUAGAUGUUUCUUUUUUUGGAGUGAUGCUGUCGAAGGAACACUUUGGCUUUCAUACAGAACAAUUUUUCCGUUAAAAAUAUGAAGAACUCUGUUCUUUUUGGAAUCAAAGGUGGUUCUUCUCUGGCAUCACUCUAAAAAAUCCAACUGAAGCACCAUCAUUUUGAAGGGUGUAAGAUUUCUCUUACAAAUUUGACGCCAUGCUGUCAGAUCUGAGCUGUACCCAGGCUUUAAAAGAAUCGUCCAGCUGUGCUCUGAGCCCCACCACAUCCGUCUCCCAGCUAAACUGUUCUUCUGAGAGAACUAUGAGCUGCGCUUUGCCAAUUUUUUACAGCCCUGUCUAAUAGAAAACAGAAUACAAAAGACAUCUCUUUUUCUCAUCAAAAGAACACAGUGCUGCUGUUACGCUUUUACCAGAAGAGCAUUCACAGGAGAUAACAGACUGACACAGGCUUAGAAAUAUAGACCUGUUCUGCUGACUGCGGCUUUUACAAUGCGCUAUGGUCACUAUAUUUAUCCCUACACUCUUAAAAACAAAGGUACUUUAGAUUCAGGUUUUUUGACUGAUGCCAAAGUAGAAUAACGUAUGCUUCCACAAAGCCUAGGGCUGUAAGAAAAUAUUGAAGAUAUAUUGAAGAAUUGCCAUAUUGAAGUAUUGGCAUGGUCUCCUCCACCAGUCUUACACACUGUUUUGAAUAACUUUAUGCCGCUCCUGGUGCAAAAAUUCAAGCAGUUUGGUUUGAUGGUUUCUGAUCCACCAUCUUCCUCUAGAUUAUAUUCCAGAGUUUUUCUUUUAUGGACCCAAAGGUGCGUCUUCUGUGGCAUCACUAAACAGCUCCAGAAAAAAAAUAAGAGACCACUAGAAAGUGUUUCUUUGAUUUUACCAAAUUGAAAACCUCUGGAAUAUAAUCAAGUAAAAGAUAUCUGAUCACAAGCCAUCAAAUCAAGCUGAACUGCUUGAAUUUUUGCACCUGGAGUGGCAUAAAGUUAUCCAAAAGCAGUGUGUAAGACUGGUGGAGGAGAACAUGCCAAGAUGCAUGAAAACUGUGAUUAAAAAACUGGUUUAUUACACCAAAUACUGAUUAAUGUAUAUGAACUUGUUUUCUUUGCAUUAUUUGAGGUCUGAAAGCUCUGCAUAUUUCAGGUUAUCUCUCCAAUAAAUGCACUAAAUGACAAUAUUUUUGUUUGGAAUUUGGGAGAAAUGUUGUCCGUAGUUUAUUGAAUAAAACAACAAUUUCCAGAGCUGUACAAACAAAUAAACUAUCUAAGGCACUCUGUCCCAAAAGUGAAUUUUAUGGAUCCAAACCUAUUUGUAGGCUAUUAUAUAAGUGUCUGCAAGUUUUCAGUUAAAACAAGCAGGAGUUCACCUGAUUCCACUUGUUAAAUCAGAUCACAUGUGCUCCUGCUUGGUUACAUUUCUAAUCUUUACCACUGACAUGCCUUUGGCACAAGCGAUAAUCCAAAGUUCCAAUCCAAAGAUACCACCAAUACUGAUAACGAUACAGAUUUUUUUAACCAAUAUUUCUUAAAACACUGAAGACCUGUACGUGGGCCUACAUUUAAAUGUAGUUACUGAAUAAUAAAUGGAUUAAAGUGAAAAGCCUUUAAAAUAAGCAUCUCCUAACUGAAGCACUUCACUGAAACUAAACAUCUAAGACAGUGAUCAUGCUCAAAACGCAGAUUUGAAUCACUAUUUUUAUUGUUCUCAAUAUAUAGUUUUUUUUUUGCUAAUGUCAGCAUAUUGAACCCCAUCAAUAAAAUCAACAUGCCUCCUCUAAAAUAGACAAAAGUCAAGUGUGCUGUAUCUGCGUGUUGUAUUUGAGUGGGAAAUCAGUGGAGGAGCAGGUGCGAGGAAUGUCACAGGAGGAUUGUGCCUGAGUUAGCCUCAACAAAUCCAUUCCAUUUGUGUAAAUCCUAUAACAGACUACUCUAAUCCACUUAGCGCCUUUCUAACAGACUUGGCCAAAAACGCUGAACACUGAACGCUGCAGCGGACAGAGCAGAAGAGGUUCACUAGACGAGCAGAAAUACACUGAGUAUUUAGAGGAGCUGUUCUUUAGCACUGCGCAGUGAUUCAAGGUAUAUACAGACGGUUUUAGUUUUCUAUUGAAUUUCUUUAGAACUGUCAUUUACAGCAUUUAUUUACAGAAAAUGAGAAAAGGCUGAAAUAACAAAAAAGAUGCAGAGCUUUCAGACCUCAAAUAAAGCAAAGAAAACAAGUUUAUAUUCAUAAAGUUUUAAGAGUUCAGAAAUAAAUAUUUGGUGGAAUAACCCUGCUUUUAAUCACAGUUUUCAUGCAUCUUGGCAUGUUCUCCUCCACCACUCUUAUUGUAUCUUAGAGUUUUACCAGUCAUGGAUUGAUAAACGGUAAAAGCUGAUCUUUGACUUUGAGUUGACAACAAGCCCUAUUAAUUAAUUCAGUUAAUGGGUACAUUGAGUGUUGUGCUGUUAUUCUUAAGAUCUGGAAUGGAGCCGCUAACAUUUUAUCAUGGGUUAGGUGGGCCACAAAAAAGGUUGCAAAAGGUAGGGGGGACCCCUGGUCUGCGGCAUCACUCAAAGAAUCCUCGAGGUUCAAACCUUUGUUUUGGAAAGUUUAGCUGUACAGCUUUCAUACAGUUUAUUAUUAACAUCCAUAUAUUUAAGUUUGAUUAUGUUCAACUGAUUAUGCUUCACUAAAUUGCAAAACAGAUCCUGAAAAUCUAACACCUCCAUGUUCAGCUGGUAUGUGUUUUAAAAAUAUUAACCCUUUAUGCUCUGUGAUUUACAGUACCAGUUAAAAGUCUGGUCACACAUUCAAAUUCAUUCAUUCAUUAUUGUUUUAAAAUAAAAAUGUCAUCCAAAAUAUGAAAAAAAAACAUAUGGGAUUAUUUAGUAAACAAAAAAGUGUUAAACAGACCAGAAUAUGCUUUAUAUUUUAGAUUAUUUCAAAUGCUUAGUCAUGUUGGUAGAGUCAUCUGAAAUAAAUGUCAGUUAACAGCUGUGCUGAAUUGUCAAGAGUUAAUUAAUUGAGAGCAUCAGUUGUGUUGUAAAGAGGUAGAGUUGGUGUACAGAAACAUUUCAAUAACUUAAAAAAAAUGAUCAAAUGCAGUUGCAAAAACUAUCAAACGUUAUGAUGAAACUGGCUCUCAUUAGGACCGCUCCAGAAAAGGAAAAGCAAGAGUUUCCUCUGUUGCACAGGAUAAGUUCAUCAGAGUUACCAGCCUCAGAAACCAUUAAACUUAACCACAAGUUUUAUCAUAUGAUUGAUUCCUUAUGUGUUCCUUCAUAGUCUGGAUGACUUCAGUAUUAAUGUAUAA